AUGGACUCGCCGCGCCCCCGUAACUGGAACCAGAAGUUAUUUGCCACGUAUUUGGGCGGGACGGACAAGGAGAUCCACGAGUUGAGGCGCGUUUUGACGCAGUUGAUGAGUGCGCAUGGCAAAUUGGACAAAGGGUACAAGUCGAAGGCUGCCAGAACGGAACUGCAAGAGUGGAUACAGUCGAACUUGCACCGACUGCCCGGCUUCGUCCAAGAUGCCUGUUUCAACAGAACCCGGAUGGACGGGCUAAUGGGAAUGGCCUAUAAGAUCAAGAACGAACAUGUACAUUAUCUUGCGGCACGCGGAAGACCGAACCAUGCCGCCGAACCGCCAUCGAGCACCUUCGACCAGGGCAGCGGCGUUGUCCAUGGAAGUCAGAGAGUGGAACGAGAAGAUAAUCGUGACGUUUUUGAUCAGCCCAUCAGCAGUCUUCCCAGCAACGCGGUUGAGCAACAGGUCAAUGCAAUCGAAGUGGCCGGACCUGUAGCCGACGUGCAGGAGGAGACUAUCGCAGAGCCUCCGAGCAAAAGAGCCAGGACAACGCUGGUUCAAACUGCUCCACUUCAACCUCCCCUGCCCGAUUUGCUCUCCCGGAACAUAUGGGUUCUGAACGAAGUGAACCCCGCUAAGCAUGGCUUAUGCUCGAUGCAAGACCUUCUUACCACCCCGGAAUCGCGCAAAAUCGAUUUCGUACCGCGACUCAUUGAUUUGGACUUUGAUCAUUGGCUUUCGAUUGUGGAGGCGCAAUGUGACUAUGACUUUACCGCGCAUCGUUUGGAAUAUCGCCCUCCAGCGAACGUGGUGUCUCGCUCGCUGGGCCUACCACCGAUCACGAUACCGUUGUCGACUCAGAGCCAGUGGCGUGGUGCGAUAAAUUCUCAGAUACAUGCCGAAAGUGGCCGAGAUCCUGUUUUUUAUCUGGUUUCUCAGUGUGAGUAUGAUGACAUAUGA